AUGCAAGUAGUGAGCGAGUUUCAGCGGCGGCCCAAUAAGGGCCGCCUGAAGAGCGAGAAGUUCGUCCUUAGCCUGUACGACGUCGUCAGUGUGGUGCAGCUGGUCUGCUUCCUCGUCUACACGACGAAUUUUGUGAUGGGCUGCAAGCGCACGUUCGUGCACUCCGUGUGGGCGCGCAACGACCUCGAGCUGGUCCCCGCGCUGCGGGCGAAGCUGCGGGGCUGCGAGUUCAACGUGACGCAGAGCACCCUCUACGCCUUCCAGUCCGUCUCACUGUCGCUCGAGGACGACAACUCGGACGAAAUCUUUGCGGACCACGCCGUUCAGAUGUACCUGGCGGUCUUCUUCAGCGGCUUCACCCUGCUGCUUGGACUGGCGAACCGGUGGGCGGUGGGCCUCAACUUCUUCAGCGUCAGCUGGAGGAACUUCACGCUUAGAAAGGACGCCCUCUCGGCGACCGAGCUUGCGAUGACCUCCCUCUUGCUGCGGGCGACCCUCAUGGCGAACGUCACGCGUGCGCUUCUGCAGGAGUACCUGACGUACUGCGGCCUUCUUUCCCACGGGUACCUGCCCUACUGCAGCCUCGCCCCGCUGUUUUUGUUCGUCAGUGUCGGCUACUUCACCUACGUUGUUGGCGCCGCCGUGUACCUCUGGAACGCGCUGCCGAAGUACGGCAUCAUGACGGAGGCAGAGGCCGCGGACUACAAAGUCUGGCUGCGCAACAGGCUGGGCCGCAUCAUGGAGGCGAGGCGCGCCGUCGAGGAGGCCAAAAUGGCAAACGUGCGGCUGCAGCGCAUGAUACAGUCGGACGCCAUGCCGCCUCCCCGCCAGUCAGCACCUCACCCCGCAACUGCGCACCAUGAGGCGUUCAUGAGCCACACCGCCGAUGUCGCGUUUUUGCCGGAGGGCUCGGCCUCGUACCGCCCGCCGAGGGUAAAUAUGCCCCGCCGCCGUGUCACCGCGGCCCAGCAGCAGGCGACCGCGGAUUCGCCUAUGCAGUCCUUCGACACCCCCCCGCAUGCCGCGCACGUGGGUCGCGUGCCGUCCCACUCCGUGAACAACUAG